AGGCUAGCAUGAAGGUUGGGCAGGGGUUAUGGUUAGGGUUUGGGUUGGGAUUAAGGUUCAGGUUAAGGUUAAGGUAAGGACUUCCCAAGGAUCCCGGAUAGCAGCACUGAUCCUAGAGGAAUUGCGUCAGGAAGCUGGCGAUGCGCCAUAAAGUCGCUAGUUAGAGAGCUCAGAAAAAAUGUUCUUCUGAGCGACUAGCUAGCUGUGAGGAAUGGUACAAGAGAGGGACUGUAGAAUUUCCAUAUCAAAUUUACUGAAGCAGUUUGCAUUGAUAGCUUCCAACAUGGCAUCGAUUUGUGACUUAUCAAUCUAUUUUCACUCCAGACUCGCGAGAUGACAUAUGUGUUUAGCUCUCGCGAGUUAGCAAGCAAUAAGCUAGAAGCUAGCUAGCUGUUUUGUUGCAAAUUAAGAAGUCCACCCGAAAUAAUGAGGCCUGUGAAUCGGAUGAAUUAUGGCUGCAACGCGUUAACUAAUCGUCAAAUGGAGCAGCCCAUCAUGACACCAACUGACAACCCUGCAGAAUUUUAGCAACAAACAUAAUUGAGAGCCAAAUGGUGUUUGUAAGCUUUCAAACAUGGGUGACAUGAAGACCCCUGAUUUUGAUGAUCUUUUGGCUGCCUUUGACAUCCCUGAUGCCACCAGUUUGGAUGCUAAAGAGCCCAUCCAGGAGAGUCAUGAUGAGGCAGAAGGUCAGCUGAAGCACACAGAGAUGUGUAUGGAGGACAGUGUAUCUGUUCACCAAGCUGUGGGUGCGUCUGAUGUUCCUGCUGUCAGUGUUAUAGUGAAGAACACAAGUCACCAGGAGUCGCCUGAUAGUGGUGGAGAGGGCCCACAUUUCAAUUACCCAUUGCAAAAUGGGUUCAGGGGGUCAGGGGCCUCCAUGGACUCUCAUCAGAUAAGCCACUGUGGUUCUAAGUCUUUUGUGUGUGCUUUGAAGGGGGAUGGCUCAAGAGGACUCUUAGGGAAGACCCCCGUCCAGCAAAAACCUGAAGGAACACCUUCCUUCUCUCAGUCCUUUUCCCAGUUUAGCCCCAUUUCUAGUCCAGAAUCUGAAGACACCCCAAGCAACGGGGUUGAUGUCCAUCCAAAACAAGAGAGACCCUACUUCCCUGCUGCCUCUAUAUUUAUGUCUGCAGAACCCCCAAUGUCAGACAAUCAGAAAAAACAACUGUCUUACAGUAUGUUUGACCAGUGCCAUAAAGUAGACUGUGAAGAACUUGAGAACCUUCCAAGGUGCAAAGGAGAAUCUAUCAAAGCAAAGGAUACCAGAACAGAGGUUAAGCCUGACAGUAAUGCCAGUGACCAGAAGGACAAGGGAGAUUGUCAGAGUGCAGUGCUCCCUGCAAGUGAUCAUAACAUUAUUGAGUCAAGCAGUAACAAUAUAGUGGCAACGUCUAAGAUGCCCACCUCUCAUCCAUGUGUCUCAACUCCAACAUCCAAACUAUCGUCUUGCCUUGAGGCAUUAGUGGCUCUGAAUGCCAGAAAUUAUCCCAGUGAACCACCAAACUCUGGAGACUUAUCAGUGGCUCAUGACGGCACCAUGAAUGUUAGUCCAAAAAUGCCCAUGUCACCACAAAGUCCCCGGAGUUCCCCUGAAGCUGUGAAGCGGUUAAUGAAACCACCUGACAGUCCUGUAAGCAUUUGCAGUGAUAGCAGUGGCAAGGGAUCCCCAGCACUGGCAUCUGGCUCACCCCCAGCCAUACCGAGGGUCAGAAUAAAGACCAUUAAAACUACGACUGGGCAAAUCCAGCGCAUGGUUACCAGUGUAGUACCUGAUUCAGAAAAUGAGGAGGUCCUGUCUGUUGAGUCCUCCCCAUCCCAGAGAAUUAUUGUUGAGGCCUACUCUAGUUUGUCUCCAUAUCCCUCCUAUAAUGUGAUAAGCGAUAUCAUUGUUGAUAUGCCCAUCAAAAGUACACCAGUUGGUAUUCUGCCAUCAAAGGUUACUGAUGACAAAUUAAAGGGGAACUCCAAGAGGCCAAGACCAAUGCAGUCCCCAACUAUUUUUCAUAAUACAAGUAGUCCGGUUAUGAGACCUAUGCCGGUUGCCCAGCACGGGCCUUCUACACAAAAGAGGAUUUCAUCAGUUCAAACAGGCAACUCGCCCAAUGCAAGCUUCCUUCCUAAGGCAAUGCACUUAGCUAACCUGAACCUAGUUCCUCACAGUGUUGCUGCAUCAGUCGCAGCACGCUCUACCUCCCAUCAACAGAGCCAACAACGUGCACUUUCCUCCUCUAUGGUGUGCAGCACUGUCCCAUUGGUGCAUCAAGUAAAAAAAGCCGCCCCUAAUCCAUGUGCUGCCAUUCCUAGUACAGCAGCAGGUACUUUAAACAGACUGUUAAACAAUGCGAACCCUGUACCCACAUUCGUACCCAACCUGAACCCACCACCUGAGAGCAACAUCCACUUGCCACCACGCGGAUAUUGCUGUCUUGAAUGUGGGGACUCCUUUGGGGUAGAAAGGAGUCUCGCCUAUCAUUAUGGCAGGAGGAGUGUGCACAUUGAAGUAGCCUGCACCCACUGUGCUAAGACCAUGGUAUUCUUCAACAAGUGUGCCCUGCUGGCACAUGCACGAGAACAUAAGAACAAAGGUGUGGUGAUGCAGUGCACACAGCUCUCCAUGAAGCCCAUAGCAGAGGGACAGAUGUUUGUACCUUUGCUCGCUGAAUCCUCUUUGCAUGGGGGCUCCCAUGUGCCCCCAUUAUCCUCACCUAAAACCCAACCAGUCAUGCCCCUCUAUGCAGACAAAGUCAUCCGCCACAGACUCUGCUGCCUGGAGUGUAACAAGCAGCUAUCAGAUUACAGAGGUCUCGCAGGCCAUUACCAGAGGCUGUCGGAAGAAAUGGAGGGACUGAUGUGUAAGGUGUGCCCGAUGCUGCUACCAAACAAGUGCAGCUUCCGGGCUCACCAGCGUAUUCAUGCCCACAAGUCUCCUUACUGCUGCCCUGAGUGUGGUGCGCUGAGUCGCUCUGUGGACAUACAGAAGCAUGUGAAGGAGAACUGUCUUCACUAUGCACGCAAGGCUGGCUAUAAGUGUCUUCACUGUGAUAUGGUUUUCAUGUCAUUUAAUGUGCAGAAGCGUCACAUUGAGGAGAAACACUGUGAGGUCUUCUAUAAGUGCACUAUCUGUCCUGUUGCCUUCAAGUCUUCUGAUGGAUGUCAAAUGCAUUUGACAACUAAGCACAACGCCAGCGUAGUGGCUCCUCAGUUAAUCUUCAAGUGUUCUUGUGAGACAGUGUUCAAGAAAAAGCAGUUAUUGCUUCAGCACUUCCAUCAAAAUGCCAAAAAGCUUAUAACCUGUGUGUUCAAGUGCCCUGAGUGCACUUCAAUCUUCACCCACAAGCAGUCGUUAAUGCAGCAUUUUAAGGGGGUGCAUGAAGGAAUCUUCAAAGAGGUGGAGAAAAACACAAAACCAACAGAGAUGACUGCACAGCACCAAGAUGUUACCUCUGCAUUCCACCAGCCAAAGGUAAACACUCCCAUUGAACACUCUGAUGCAACCAGAAAGAGGGUCCACUUGACUGCUCGGGACAGGAAGACCAAUCUGAAAAAUGCUGGUUGGACCUGUGGAGAGUGCCUACACUGGCUGCCUGACCGAGAAGUCUACGUCUCUCACAUGAAGAACAACCAUGGGAGGUCACUGAAGAGGUAUCCAUGCCGGCAGUGUGAGAGGUCUUUCAGUUCCUCUACAAGUUUGAGAAGACACAUUCGCAAUGACCACAAUGGAAAGAAAACCUUUACCUGCUGGUAUUGCACAGAUGAGAGGACAACAUUCACCACAAACAUCAUGCUGAAGAACCACAUCAGUUUGAUGCAUGGGAUCAAAAAUCCAGACUUUAGUCUGUCAAAAUCAACCCCUCUAGAUACCAUAAAAGCCUUGGGAGAGAGGCUUGUUUCAAAGAGACCUGCUUUGGCAUCCCAGAGGGAGGGGGAGGAUGGUGCUGCCCUAGAAGGCUUCUCUACCAAACGUCUGAAAUCUCACUUUCGCUGCGCUAAGUGUGGUUUCACCUCAGAGGAUGGCACACAGUUCCAGCAGCACAUACCUCAGCAUAAAACCGAUAAAAAUUCUCCCCAAUGUCUGCACUGUGGAUUAUGUUUUGCAUCUCAGCUGUCUCUCAACAGACACCUGUUUAUUGUGCACAAAGUCAAAGACCCCGGGGAAGAGAAGAAGGAAAUGAUAGACGUGGAGUAUGAGAGCAGAAAGAAGCAGGAAGAGGACGUGGGGAAAACAGUGGGUGUGAAUGAGGGAGAGGACUUGCCACCUCCAUUAGUUAAAUCUGACCCUUCACGGAAAGAGGAUCCAACCAGGUUGCACUGUGAGACUGCAGUAAGACCAUUGACCUUUAAAUCCACAUACAGCACUGACCUAGAGAUUCAUGGAUAAUCUUCAGGCGUAAUAGAAUCAAUAAGCGCAAUUUUGAACCUCUUAAAAGCUGCCAUCUCCAUUUCUUUGGUAAAUAGUAGUCACGCUUUUCUUUUUUUUUGCCUUACAAAUAAUUUUGUUUUAUGUUUCUCAAGCCCUUGGGACUGGCAGAUGUUCCACAUCAACUGAAAA